CUGCACUACGGGACCCUGCUGGGCAGCAGAGCUUGUGCCACCAUGGCAGCAGCUGCCUGGGGCACUGGGCUUCUCUAUUCCCUGCUGCACACGGCCACUGCAUUUUCUCUGUGUCUCUGCCGUGGCAAUGCUGUGGAUCAGUUCUUCUGUGAAAUUGCCCAGAUCCUCAAGCUCUCCUGCUCAAAAUCUGACUACCUCAGGGAAGUUGGGAUUAUUUAUUUUAGUCUUUGUUUAAUCUGUGGGUGUUUUGUCUUCAUUGUUGUGUCGUAUGUGCAGAUCUUCAGGGCCGUGCUGAGGAUGCCCUCUGAGCAGGGACGGCACAAAGCCUUCUCCACGUGCCUCCCUCACCUGGCUGUGGUCUCCCUCUUUGUCAGCACAGCCAUGUUUGCCUAUCUGAAACCCCCCUCCAUCUCUUCUCCAUCCCUGGACCUGGUGGUUUCAUUUCUGUACUCAGUGGUGCCUCCAGCAGUGAAUCCUCUCCUCUAUGGUUUGAGGAACCAGGAGCUCAAGGCUGCAGUGAGCAAUACAUACUUCUACAGCAUCCGUAAGAUGCAUGGUAGUCUAACAGGAGUCUCAAGCACGGACUUUCUGGCCUACCUGAAACCCCAUUCCCUGGUCUCCCCAUACCUGAACCUGGUGGUGUCAUUUCUGUACUCGGUGGUGCCUCCAACACUGAAUCCCCUCAUCUACAUCAUGAGGAACCAGGAGCUCAAGGAUGCAGGUGAGGAGAUGCCAGUGGGCACUGUGGAGGCAGUGGGGAUGCAGCAGGAACUGUACGGGAGGCUGGAGGAAGAUUCCUCGGGCAUACCUGUGCACACAUAG